ACAUUCUUCUGUCUUUAAUUCCUUUAAUAUAAGCUCCCUAGUGUUCAAAUCAGCAUUAGAAUUUUAGAGUACACCACACAGUAUUGUUUCACAAUUUUUAUAAAGUACUGUGAAAAUGGAACAGUUCAUGGGUACAUGGAAAUUAACUGCAAGUGAGAAUUUUGAUGAAUACAUGAAGGCUGUAGGAAUUAGUUUUGCGUCCAGGCAAAUCGCCAAUUUGGCCAAGCCAAGUCUUUUAUUCAGCAUCAAUGAUCAGGGGCUCAUAUCGAUGAAAUCCUCAACCACCUUCAAGACAGUGGAAAUAAAAUUCCGGUUGGAUGAGGAAUUUGAUGAGAUCACUGCAGAUGACAGGCAGGCGAAAACUGUUAUGAAACUGGUGGAUGGUAAACUAAUUCAAGUACAGACCUGGGAAGGCAAGAGCACAACAAUUGAAAGAGAAGUUCAGAGUGAGAAAUUGAUAGUGAAAUGCAUCAUGAAUGACGUGGUCUCUAUGAGGACAUAUCAGAGAGAAGAGUGACCCACUAUUACAGACCUGCUGAAAAGACAAUAGCUGGAUCCUACAUAGCUACAUAAUCCAAAUUAAUGUAUGCAUAAAGUAUGAUAUAAUGGUUUCUACACUCCAUGCUGAGCACUCAGUGUCCAGGAGGGAGCCAACUGGAUUUCAACAAAAUCCAAGUGGAUUUUCAGCUACACUUUCAAGAGCUUGUUUUUUUUUUUUUUUAAUGUUGCCAAUUAAAACAGUGAUCUCUGUGUUAUAAAACCAAGCAAGAUGUCAAUAAAAUGUACAAUAAAAUGUAAUAAAAUAUG